GACACUUUUAUGACAACCCUUCAGCCAGACACCAGUUUAUGGCAAAUGUCUUUAAAACAACCAUUUAUAAAUAGGUUUAAAAUAGUAUUUUGUUCACAGUUUAAGCAUAACCAACUUGAUCUUUUUUCUUUUUCCUUUUUUUUUUUCCAAAAAUUGUUUCUGCUGUGACAAAUAAAAUAUUUGUCAUUGUGUUAUUCUGCUAUUUUUUGUUUAAUCACAUUGCAGUAACUGUCAGUCCGUUUUUAACGAGUCCUUCUGUCUGAUCAAACACUUUGAGGGGAAAUAACAAAUCAUCACUCUGUCAACAAGUGGUGCUUUGGAUUAUUUGUAAAUACAUUUUGAGGAAGCUGAACUUGAUUCGGUUUCAGCUAAAAGCUGCACUGUGUGGAAUCCCAGGCCUAGUUUGCAAGAAAGCUCGAGCACGACAUGCAAACCCACAAAGAGCUGGGGUGUCUUUUUACGUCUUCCGCAUUCGGCACAUUCUGCAUCCUUGUGCACUUAUUUUUUGAAGAAGUAAAAAAGAUUGAGGAACAGAUUUUGGCCUUCAUUAAUGCUACAUCCUACACUGCAUUACUUCUAUAUUCAGAUCCUUCAAAAUGAAGACCAUUGUGUGCUUUGGGCUGGUGCUUAGUGCACUUUGUGCUGCAGGCGAAGUGUUUCUGACUGAACCAGGUAUGCGUGUCACCAUCAAGUGUGGCGGUACCCCCUCCAACAGACUAAAAUGGAUGGACAGAGAUGAAGUGGUUAUUAUUACAGAGUGGAAUGGCCUCCCUCGCAAAGGUGGUGCUAAAAUAGCAGAAAGGUCAAAGUUGAAAGGUAUAAAUCUGGAGAUCUCUGCUGUGACUGAGGACGAUGCUGGAGCGUUCAUCUGCGUUGCUGAUGGGACAUCUCACCGCCACACACUUAUUGUGGUCUCAACGUCAGUCAGCCCCUCCGCUGACCUCCAGCUGGGCAGUGCGGCGACGCUCCAGUGCCAGGUCAAAGGGCUCAGCCCGGACAUUACAGUGGAGUGGGAGAGACCAGAUGGAAGUCCAGGAGGGCCACAGACAGUUCAACUCCAGUCUGUCACCCAUUCAGAUAAGGGAAACUGGGUGUGCAAGUUCUCCUACGAAGACAAGGUGUACAGGAGAAACCUGAAUGUCCGUGUUGAAGAGUCUACAAUCCCAUCUACACCCCCUUUACACAAAAAAACAGACGUCCAAGCUGAGUCAGCCUGCCAUAAUUGUACUGAUCCUCAGUCCCCGAAUGCUCCUCUGCCGCCACUGCUGGGCCUCAGCUGGUGGAUCUGGGUCGUACUGGGUGCUUGUGUCCUGGUUCUGGUUCUGCUGAUGGUCUGUGUUAUUGUAUUGUACAAGAGGAUGAGAAAGCAGAAGAGACGAUUCCAGAAGAUGCAACUGCCGCAACCCAGACAGUACUGCCAGUGUGCCCGCCCGACAGCUGCCACUGCACCGCGGUACCAAGGGCGGCGCGGAGAGAAGCCACAACCCCCCCUAAUGGUGUGAACUGAAAGAGAUGGAGGCAAAGAAAUAGAUGGAGAGAGAGAGAGAAGAGCAGCAGAUAGCAAUAAAGAUGAACGGAGGCCGGGGUGGAAAUGACAUGAAUGAAAAUGAUUAAUCCUGCAGAAAAAUGAAUGAGAUGCAAUCGUGUGGACACUUUGAGCUUUUGCACCAAGUAGAGAGUGCAAACACGUCUGUGCUUAGCUUACAAUUAACCACUGAGCAGUUUGUCAGUGUAAUAACCACAUGUUCACUGUUUACUUCUAUUCAU